ACAAACGGCUCACUGGCAGAAGGCGAUCUCAGUGGUUGCCUGCUGGCCCUUGUGUUAUACCAUCUAUCCCUGCUCUUCCCGCUCUGUCUCCCUCUCCCCACCUGGAUCUUACCGCUUACUCCACCCUUACCAACGCGAGUGAGGUAGCGAAAAGCAAUGAAAGGGAGGAUGUUGUAGUGUGAUGGUUCGUCUGUCUCUCCACAAUGGGUAGAACACGAAAAGAAGAAAGGAAACGUUGACGUGAAACAGGGAGUGAGUGAGUGACACGGUGCCUCCCGAAGCUUCAUGCCUUGUUUCCCGAAGUGGCUGGAGUCAGGAAAAGGGGAAACAGCCACGAGGAAGCAUUGAAAUCACCCUCUUUUGUGCUUUGAAGGGCUCGCAAAUCGCCCACGAAGACAACAGUGAUGGAAGACGCGAAGGGAACAAAGUGGAAACCUGUGACGUGAUACCAAAACCUCGCCCCUGGAAGACACUUAAGUGGGAGCUCCUGAGUGCCUGCUGGGCCUGAGACACUGAUAAGGUCCCUUGGUGUAUCUGCCCGCUGUCUGUGUACCUGCUUGCCUGCUUGCGUGCCUGCUGUCUGACAUGGCGGGCUCUCCUACGACUCCCUGCCUCCCACGCUUCUUGGUGAGGCUGUGGACGUUCCUCUGGGCGGCUGCGGGGGCUGGCUUGUGGUCUUCUGCGGCGGAUGCUCUCGGCGCGCCCCUCCUCGGCCCUGAAAUCAUGAGCUUCGGGUCCCUGCCGCCGCUGAGUCUAUGGCAUAACGGCGCCUUCCCCCUCGUGGCCGCGGCGCCCGUACACUCAGGCCUGCCGGCUCCCAAGGGCACGGAGUUUGAUGGGCCGGACCCUGGGCUCAACGCGGCUAUCAUUAAUGUCCCCGUCGACCCCUGUCCAAACGGUUACCGCCGGGAUAUGAACGAGAAGUGCCGCCUCAUGUUUGGCUACGGCCCCAACCCCUUCCACUCCUUCAUACCGGAGAACUACAAGGGCGACCUCCAGUUCUACAUGGGCAUCCAGGUUGGAGGACCGAGGCCGAACAGGAGACGCGGGCGAGGGCGGGGACGGCCACGACCAGCUCGGCUCAAGAACAAUUCGGCGCAGAAGAAGACUAAACAGCAGGGGGACGAUGAUGACGAUUAGAAAAACGAGGACGAUUUGGUAACAGUGGUGGAGGUGUGCUUGGCGGGAUUUCAGAGACGAGGCAUUUCCGUAUUACGACGCGCUAUACUAUUAGAGCUGUAAGGGAGUUUAUGUUAGUGUGUAGAGAGCUGCUGUUCCCCAAGGCAGUGUUAUCGUGUUUCCAAACGUGAAUAAUGGCUUGAGUGUGAGUGCUGAAGGGAGAGUUUGACCUGAAAAAGUGGAAAUGCUGAGAUAUGAACUGUGUGACUUGUAAAUGAAAAGAAAUUAUGGAAAGAAGCAAGUGUUUGAACCUUAUAAGUGUAAAGGAAGUUUUUGACCUAAAGAUGAAAAUAACUAAGAUAUGAAUUGAGUCUUUGACCUGAAAAUAAGGAAUGGAAGUGUGUGACCUACUGAAGAAGAAAAAAACUUGAAAAUAGGAACUGUUUGUUUGGCCGUAAGAAUUGUGAAGGAAAUGUUUGACCUUCAGAUGAAAAGAACUAAGAUUAUGAACUGCGUGUUUGGCCUGAAGAAUUGUAAAGAGAGUGAUUGACCUACAGAUGAAUAGAACUUGAAACUUGAAAUGUGGGUGUGACCAGAAUAAAAAAUAAAGGAGUAACCUGAAGAAAAAUUAGUAUUUGCCCUAAGAAGAGAAUUUAAAGAUAUGAGCUGUGUGUUUGAUGUGACUGGAAGAUAAAAAGAAUUGAAGAUACUGCUUGUUACGAAAGACGAAGGAAAUAAGUAUGGACGUUCCUUUAGUUAUGCGCUCGCUGUUAUAAAGAGGCGAGUUAGACAAAAAGAUACCGGUGGAACUGAAGACAAGUGUAUUAGUAAGAAGUAAAAAUUAUAUUGAAUAAAUGAAAAAAAA